AUGCCUUCAAGGCAAGAGCUUCGCGAGCACGAUCUGCUCUCACCAUCUGCAUACGACGAAGAUGUCACGUCGCCCCGAACCCUAUCGGAACAAGACUCCGAUUCCGAAGACGAUGAGUUCCUACGCGUGAACCGGUCAUCAAUGGAGCUUGCUAGGCAUGACAAAACUGUAUUAGAGGAGGAAGAAGAGAUGGAAAAACUUCUUGUAAGAAGCGGCCCAGCCGAUGGGUUACGUCGCAUCUUUAGUCCAACGUCCGGGCCCGUACGAAUUGGGAAGCGAGAUCGAAGUCGGCGGCGAGAGAGGAAAAGGAGUAUUCAUGGAAAACCACACCAGGCCGGUGAUCUUAUGUUCGAGAUGGAAGAAGGAUUCCGGGAGUUCUCAGAUGAUGACAGUGUUGAUUCUUUUGAUUUGAACGAGAAGGAGAUGGAUGGCUGGCAGGACCAGCCGCCUAAGAGAGGAAUGUGUGUUCGACUUCUACUCCCUUUUUCCGCCAUUGUAGUUCUCUUUUUCAUCCUUCUGCUCGGCGCAUACAAGGCUUCUAAAGACACACAAAUCACAAAGAAACCUAAGACCGAUCUACUCUCCAAUGGAACAGCGCUUUUCGCGCCAACAACAAUCAUCGUAUCUCUGGACGGAUUCCGUGCGGACUUUUUAAAUCGCGGACUGACGCCGACACUAAGCAAAUUCAUUGCUGAGGGUGUUUCGCCGAGAUAUAUGAUUCCAAGUUUCCCUAGUGUCACGUUCCCGAAUCACUUCACCCUAGUGACCGGACUAUACCCUGAGAGCCAUGGCAUGAUCGCCAAUGAUUUCUACGACCCCAAUCUCGACGAGUAUUUUCGUGUUCAGCCAGGGCUUAGCGAUGAGGCGAAGUGGUGGACAGCUGAACCUAUUUGGGCGACAGCUGAAAAGCAGGGCAUUCGUACUGCCAUCCACAUGUGGCCCGGUUCGGAAGCACAUAUUGGCAAUAUGGAUCCGACAUUUUAUGACAAAUUCAACGAUUCGGAAGUACUAUCUCGCAAAGUUGAUCGCGUUAUGGAAUUUCUGGACUUUCCGGGCGAAGAGAGUGAUGAUGGCGUGGAGAAACUUCGACCCCAAUUUAUUGCCACAUACGUCCCGAAUGUUGAUACUGCAGGCCACCGGUACGGACCGAACAGUACUGAAAUCCGAUCUGUCAUCACCUACGCCGAUGAGAUGCUUGCUGGUAUCCUGGAAGGCCUUGAAGCUCGAAAUCUGACAAAGAUAAUCAACAUCGUAGUCGUUUCUGACCAUGGAAUGGCUACUACAUCUACAACACGCACUAUUCAGCUGGAAGAUUUGAUUGAUAUAAAUUUGGUGGAAUAUAUAGAUGGCUGGCCCUUGAGAGGCCUACGACCGAAGAAACCUGAAGAUCUGGAGAUUUUGAAGGCCCAAUUGGCAGAGAAGGCGGAGAAUUUCUCGGACGCGAUAGAAAUCUACACCAAGGAGACGAUGCCAGAAAGGUACCAUUUCACGAAGAAUGAUCGAAUCGCGCCGUUGUGGGUCAUACCUAAGGCUGGUUGGGCAGUCGUGGAAAGGCCUGAUUUUGACGUGCAAGAAGCACUUGAUAAGGAUAUUGUAUACACACCCAGGGGUAUUCACGGAUACGAUAACUAUCACCCUCUGAUGCGAGCCAUUUUUGUCGCUCGUGGACCUGCAUUUCCUCACCCUCCCAAUAGUCGGGUUGCUGAGUUUGAGAACGUCAAUGUAUAUAACCUUAUAUGCGAUUCAAUUGGAAUCGAACCGGUGGCGAACAAUGGCACAUUGCAUCUCCCAUUCACGCCUGUUGGUCUACACAGCGAUGAUGAUGCACCAACUCUUGACACGCCAGCGGAUCCGCCACAAGUGGUAACAACAAGCCGAUCCACUUCCCCUUCAACUUCGACUACGAGUACCUCUUUGGCCACGCCCGCGGUAUCUACCCCGUCUCAGGAACCUACUAGUCUGCCUCCAGCAGAUGUUAAUGACGAAGCGGACAACAGUGCUGACAAUGCUGACGAUACGAAGUCAUCUCUUGAGACUUUUUAUGAUGGGGUCAAGGACACCCUGAACUCGAUCAAAGACUGGUUUGGCCAGCUAUUCUCCGCCGAAAAAGACAAUCAUCCACCUUCUCAAACUUAAGAUUUUUU